AUGAUCCUCAACUGGAAUCCCAACCAACUGGACUUCAAUCCUCUGUACAUUCUCAUCUCCUCCAUCCCGCUACCUAUGCAGUUGAAAAUUUCAGCAACCAUUACUAUUGGUAUAGCGUUGAGUAGGAACUUGGCAGUAUUCUUCCCGGGAUGGUUUCGAAAAAUGGAACCAUCCAUUUAUUCUGAAAUCGUGGUAGUAACUGGCAUCCUUUUGGCACUGUUUGACGCAACUUUAUGGUUCAUUCUAUCCCCGCCAAAACGGAGACCAAACUGUGGAACUAGUGGAUGUUUUGUGAGCAAUGAGUUUCGAUACUAUUGGGGAAUCUCAAAUAUGUGUUUGGGACUAAUAGUUGUAUUCCUAUCCAUUUGCUUAUGCUUCAAAAUCCGAGCCGUUGAGAAAGAUACCGUAGCGACAAAUUCGGUAGAUCGCAAUCAGAGAAAAUUUCAACAGGCGAAUCGCACGUCUACUGGAAUUCUAAUAUCUUCUCUGUUUUUCCUAACAACUCCCAGUGUUUUCGUGGGAAUUGUUGAGUUGACUGGAUACUCGAUUUUCCGGCUAGUGGGACCAUUUUAUUCAGCCAGUGUGAUGGCCAGUGGUAUCUUCAACGGAAUCAUCUUCAUUGGAUGCAAUAAAGACGCUCGUCGGUUGAUAACCAUGAAGUAUAGAAAUAUGAAAAACGACUCCACUUCUGCAGUAAUCCAUAAUACUGCGAUCGUCAAGUAUUGA